AUGGUUACGAAAGCAAUUCCUUCUCGCUCCUCGCGCCCUUCUUCGGCCUCGAAGCCGAAGCAGACGAAGCUCGAUUUUAGCAAAAGUACUGGGAAGUCAGCUACUUCGAAACCGAAAGCCCAACCGAAUGCGAGUAUCCUCAGUUUCUUCAAGAAGACGGAUGCCCCCCAGCAUAUGGAGCCUGGUUUGUUCCUCGACAGUAAGGGCAAGAAUGCAGGUAGAAAAACAGAGCAGAGCAAGGACGAUGUGGUUGGGUGGGGUGACGAAGAGCCCUUUGGCGAGGAUGCCGCGGAACCUUCACGAUUCAAUGAAGAUGGUGGGAGCGUGAAAAAGAGGCGAAUCAGCACGGAUGUGGAUGAGCUAAAGGACCAGCGAUCAUCCCCGCCUUCUGGCCUCAAUGGAUCGUCUCUUGCCGCUAAGCGCCCUUCUGGACCGUUUCUGGAUGAUUCUGACAGCGAAGGGGAGGAAGAAAUCAUACAUAAGCAAGCAUCUUCUCCAUUGGAACAUGGCCGUGGUGAAGGGGGAAAGGAGAGUCCUCCAGCAGGCGCGGAUACUCCUCAUCCCACCAAUAAAGAGGUUGGUGAAGAACCUGACCAUGAGCAACCAGGAGUCCCACCACUAAAAAGAGAACCUACCAGCUUUUUCGGAACCGAGGGAUUUGAUGAAUUUGAAGGACUCGGUAAUUUUGACGACUUUGAAGACGAGGAGGAGUUCGGGGACGAAGAGAGACGAUGGAUGCAGGAGCAAAGAAAGCUUGAACUGGACGAAGUCGACCUCGAAGCCGAUUCUGGCAACCCGGAACCAAGCCUUGCAGGCGGUGUGAAGCUGGAGCUGGGUGAUGAAACGAACGAUACAGCGCUCAUUUCAGAUGCCCCGAUUUGCCCGAUUUGCAACCUGAGUCUUGAAGGCGCCUCAGACCAAGAUGCUUCAAUACACGUGAACAACUGUCUGGACGGCAAGCCAACUGCACUUCCACCUCCAAAAGAGCCGGCAGGCGGCGCAAGCUCGACCGCAGUUGGUGGCGCAAGCCGUUUUCAGCGACCUGCCAGACCGGCAAAGCCCGGCCAGGCAAAUCCUUUCCAACUAGGGGCAACCGAAGGAAGUUCCUCUUCCGCGUUUACCAAGCUUAUGUCGGGACAUGCAGAAGAUGCUGCUUGGGCGAGCGCUGCUGCUGCGGAAAACGCUUCUCGUGGCAAGCCGUCAUACCAGCGUACCUGUCCCUUCUACAAAAUACUUCCAGGUUUUUCCAUAUGUGUCGAUGCAUUUCAUUAUGGCGCCGUUCAAGGCUGCGAAGCCUACUUUCUUAGCCAUUUUCACAGCGACCACUAUAUCGGCCUCACUGCGAAUUGGCGCCAUGGCCCAAUCUAUUGCAGUCGUGUCACAGCGAACCUCGUCCGACAGCAGCUGCGCGUAGAUUCGAAGUUCGUUGUUGGGCUUGAAUGGGAGACGGCUACGGAAGUUCCGGGAACAGGGGGUGUGACGGUCACCAUGAUACCAGCAAACCACUGUCCUGGCAGCUCGCUCUUCCUGUUCGAGAAACCAAUCGGAAAAGGCAAGAAUCCGAGAAUGCAACGCGUGCUUCACUGUGGAGAUUUUAGAGCGUGUCGGGUACACCUUGAGCACCCACUCCUUCGGCCUGAUGUGUUGGAUGCUGUCUCUGGCAAGACGAGGCAACAGAAGCUCGAUGUAUGCUACCUGGACACAACCUACCUCAACCCGAAAUACGCGUUUCCGAGCCAAGGAGAGGUCAUUCAGGCCUGCGCCGAUAUGUGUGUGAGUCUGAAUAAGAUUCGAGCGGAUGAGACGGAUGGCUGGGAGCAGAUGAAGCGGGAACGAGCUGGGAAAGGUAUGGUUAACUUUGUUCGGAAAGAUUCGGACGUUGUCAAAGAGGAAGACAACGAGGAAGACAUUGAUGCAAUGAAGCUUUCUAAAGGAACGAAGACUCGAGGGAAACUCCUAGUGGUCGUCGGAACGUAUAGUAUCGGCAAGGAGCGCAUGUGUUUGGGCAUCGCAAAGGCUAUGGACAGCAAGAUUUUCGCGCCACCAGCAAAGAUGCGCAUCUGCAAAGCACUUGAAGACCCGGAGCUGAACGAGCGUCUGACGCAAGACCCUCGCGAGGCCCAAGUGCACAUGACCCCACUGUUCGAGAUCCGCGCCGAUACACUCGACGACUACCUUAAAGACUACCGAGGCACGUUUACGCGUGCAGUCGGCUUUCGUCCGACUGGUUGGAAUUAUCGCCCUCCGAACUCACGUUUCACCGAGUCACCUCUCGUGCAAACGGUGCUGCAUUCGAACAACUGGAAGAGCAAUUUCAGCAUGCGCGAGCUUGUGCCCCAGCGCGGUAGCACGUCGCGUGCCAGCUGCUUCGGCGUGCCGUACAGCGAACACAGCAGCUUCAGGGAGUUGACCAUGUUUUGCUGCGCGCUUAGGAUCGACAAGAUCAUCCCGACGGUCAAUGUGGGUAGUGCGAAGAGUCGAGAGCGGAUGAAGGGUUGGUGCGAGAGAUGGGCGCAGGAAAAGAAGAAGAACGGGCUGUUCAAGCCUGCAGAUGGAGAAUAUUGGUGA